AUGAUGCUGGCAAGAGUACAAAACAUCCUCAGGGCAAUGGAGUCUUCCAGGAGCUUCACAACGGUGGCGGCUCACGUGAAAAAAGGUGACAUUCUUGAGGUCACCAGACGCAUUUCUCAGGGCGACGUCGAUCGAUUUACUCGUGUUAUCGGAGACAAGAACCCCAUUCACUCAAGUGACCAACCACCUGAACAUCGUCUCAUUCCCGGUUCGCUCCUCAAUGGAAUCGUCUCUGGACUAGUGGGAAGUCAAUUACCCGGUCCCGGAAGUAUCCUUGUCUCACAGAAACUGUCCUUUCCACACAAAUGCGUCGUGGACAAGGACAUCAACAUCCGCAUUGAAGUAGCCGAUCUCAGGAAGAUCAUCACAGUGACCUAUGAAUGCUAUCAAGACAAGAAAAUUGUCUUCAAAGGCGAAGCCAAUCUUAUGCACAAGGAAGUUUAA